AUGAUGCAUCAACUAGGACAGCAGGUUAGUAUGUGCCAUCAUAGUUCCUGUAUGUAAGACGUAUCUGCUUUUUUAGCGAUUUCAAGCUGGCAAUGAUUUACCGUGUGCGUUAAAUUCUUGCCAUAUUUUGAAAGCGCAGCAAUAAUAAAGGCAAGUUUACGCAGUUUAUUGUGUUCUAUUAGAAUGAAGCGAAAGUUGCUUAAGUUUUAUUAGAACAAGUGAUAAAUUGAACCUAUAAUAGCUUUAUGUGAACUUAUAAUGAAAGUAAACCCACCUGCAGAAAUCGUUAAAAGGAUCUGUAGUAUAUUAAAGUAAAAUUGCUAUUGAAUUUUCACUUGUAAAUUUUAAGCUUUAUAUAAUUAUUUGUUCAUUUCCCACCUUUUCAUCUCUUUCCUUCCUUUUCCUUGUUUAGCUGUAGCUUUGUUCAAACCAGGUUAGAAAAAAUCCAAAUAUCCCAAACUUCCCUUGCUCUUUUUGAACAGUAGUGUGAGGUCUUUUAUGUCCCCUUUGAAUUUAAACAAUGAAGGAAGGAUGAAGGAGAGAAGGCCAAUGGUUUAAUGUGACUACCCAAUGAUGCAGUCAUCUGAACUGAGGCAAGAUCUUAAGUCACAAGUCACUGUUAGCAUGAUCUCACCAGUUUUUUAAAGACCCUGGUUGUUGGUCAGGUCGGGGGAAGAACCCACAACCUCUUACUUGGCAGACUGGCACUCUACCAACUGAGCCUACAGGGCAAUGGUGGCUGAGCAGGCAACGGAAAUCCUGAGCGAUCAUAUCCUUAUUGCUCAUGACCUUCCUGAUUGAUUAAGCAUUGAUGAUAGGAGGCGAAGUUUGUUAAUAAUAACUAUUAAUGGGCUUAAAAGGUUAACUGACCUUUCAAAAGUGUCAGGAUUUCAAUAUCUCUGCAGGUAUCAGAGUUCACCAUUUCCCAUUCGUACAUGUAGUAAUAAUAAUUAAUGAACUUUAAUAUUAUUAUUUUGUUACUUUUGAUUACAGAGGGGGUUUCCUCAUACUCAUCCCUCACAGUCAUCAGGGUUAUCUGAGAUGGAAAGAGAGAAGAUUUAUACCUGGGUUCUUGAGCUUUCCAGUCCAGAUACAAGAGAACAUGCUCUUCUAGAACUCAGGUACUUUGUAACACAGGUCAUAAAUACAGCAUUAAUUUCAAAGAAAAAUACUUGAGGCAGCAAGUCUCCCUGUUAAUUUCCUGUCAGGAUAUCUCCCUGUUUAGAACUUAGAAUGUAUAUCAAUGAUUGUUGUCAUUUUUUUAAAACUUUGAUGUACUUCUUAAGAUGUUAUGUGCAUUGUUGAACUCUUCCUUUUCUAUUCUUGUAGCAAAAAGCGAGAAGUAGUCCCUGACCUGGCACCCAUGCUUUGGCAUUCAUUCGGUAAGAAAGUUCUACAGAAAAGGUGUUUAGUACUUAAGAUAAUUAAUUAGUUGUUCAGUCUGUUGCUUCCUGCUGGUGUAAAGUAAGUUAUUGGUUAGUAGAGGACUUCCAUGUUAAUAAUUUUAUUGUCUAUCUUAUCUAGCGUUCUCAAACCACACUGUUUACAUGUGUAACUAGAUAAGAUUUGUAGUCUUUAAUAUUUGUCUAUCACUCAUUAAAUUAAUAAUAAUAGAUAAUUGUUUGUUAAGUUUUAUUAAUGUAUAAUCAUUCAUCAUUUCAACUCAGUGUGUGAGAUAGGCCCUUUGUCUGAGGUGCCAUACUUCCUAUUUCCAUGUAUUAUGGUCAUCCUGAUUAUGAUUUUGUGUGGAAUUUUCCCUUGUAGGAACCAUCGCGGCAUUAUUACAAGAAAUAGUGAAUAUUUAUCCAGUGAUCAACCCUCCAAAUCUUACAGUAAGUUACAAGUUAUUUAGACGUAUAUGUACUAUAAUAUGGACAGUAAAUCAUGGUUACUUGUAAUGCCUUAUCUGUAGUUUCCAUAAAACAAUUUAUCACCUAUUCUGUUCCUGUAUUAAAAUCCCCUAGUAACGGUUAAAUACAUGUAAGUCUUUUUGCGAUAUCUGACUGACCUUUCCCACCUGAUUUUUUAGUUUUGUUAUUUUCAUGGACUAACAUACAUGUACAUUAUUAUAUUUAGCAGUAUCUAUAAUUUUAUGUAGUGCUAAGUAAGUGAAGUGUGUUUGCAACUUGCAGGCUCACCAAUCCAAUCGUGUUUGUAAUGCACUAGCCUUACUACAGUGUGUGGCUUCCCAUCCUGAAACUAGAUCUGCAUUCUUACAAGGUAAUUGUGGGCUACAUCAUACAGUAUCAUCAGAUUGUGUUUUAUUUUUUACUGCAUAGCUAUGGAGUGUAAAAAAAGGAGAAUUGACUACUGGUCAAUACUGAUAUGUACCAAUUAUGCUCCCCAAAUGAAGAGAAUUUUUAUCCAUCAUAGGAGAAUAAAUUAUUAUUAUAGUACAACCGGUAGUUAACAAUUUACAGAACAAAAAUGUAAAAAAUAGCUGUUAUUGAAAAUUUUCUUGUGUCAAUACUAUAUUUACUCAAAAGAGCAUAAUUGCUUAUUCAAGGGGAUAGUUACAGAGUACAUGGUACUGUAGUAUAAAACUUCCUACAUGUAUUUGCAAAAUAGUUGGUACACGAUCUUUCUCUUUCUCUCUCUCUCUUUCUUUCAAAAAAUGACAAACUAGCCCUAGGGAGAAUAUAGUUUUUAGGCCUGUAUCCCUUCUAGAUCCAAAUUGGUAACAACAUUACAAAUCAAUAAGCUCUGCAUUGUUGCUUGGAGGGUGCAGUGCCCUUUGAUAUUUUUGCUCCUCAAUAUUGUGCUUAUUUAGGUGCCAUGCAGUACUCAUUCAUUCAGGGACAGUAAUUAACCUGCUAACAUUCCAAUUGAAAGUCAAGUUAAAGACCAAUCAAUGUUGAAGUUAUUGCUACCUGCACUAGUUAACUUCACAUCCUUGUUAACCUUCUAUUAAUUAUUUGUUUUAUUCCUCCAGCACACAUCCCUCUUUUCCUGUAUCCAUUUCUUCAUACAACAAGUAAAACAAGACCAUUUGAAUAUUUACGACUGACCAGUCUGGGGGUUGUAGGAGCAUUAGUCAAAGUAAGUCACUUCAUCAUAUUCGACAACAAGGAAGAAUCAUUUUGCUGAUCAGUGGUUUCUCAUUGGUAGUAUUUUCAAAUGUUUUGCUUUUUCCAGACUGAUGAAGCAGAGGUUAUCAAUUUCCUCCUCACAACAGAAAUUAUCCCUCUUUGCUUGAGAAUUAUGGAAUCUGGAAGUGAGCUCUCAAAAACCGUAAGUUGCAUUUAGAGAUCUUAGUGUUACAGUUGUAUUUGACCCUUUAGGUCCAGUCACAUCCUGUUUGAAGAGGCAGAAUGUUGAUAAUCAGACACCAGCUACUCAUUAACACAAAAAACAGUCUCCUGAAUAAUCAGUCUUUUGUAUUGUAUUGUCAUAUCUUUGUAAUUUUUAUUAAAAACAGAAACACACAACUACUCACAUAAUUUUGUGCAAUAAUUGGUUAAACACUUUAAAAACGAAAUUUGGAGACAGAAACUGUAAAACAACAUGUAGAUGAGUGUGCACUGGGUAAAACUGUUUGAAAUAAUUAUCAAAAUUAGUAUCUGUAUGUGGCUUUUUUUGCCAUUGUGUGAGGGAGGGGAGGAGUGGGAAGGGGGUUAGUCCAGGUGAAACUUAUCAGGCUGAUAGAAGUACUGUCCGUAAUGACGAAUUAAAAUAUCACUGACAGCUUCUCAUUAUUAAGCAGUGCUUUUUUUCUUGCUUCAGGUAGCCACAUUUAUCUUACAAAAAAUUCUGCUGGAUGAGACUGGGCUGUCUUAUAUAUGUCAAACAUAUGAAAGAUUUUCUCAUGUAGCUAUGAUUCUGGUAAGAUAAAUUAGUGGAAUUAAAAAUACAGUCAACUCUUGCCUUGCAGACGCCCCGCUAUAUCGAACACCCUGAUAAUACAAACGGCAGCUAAAUCCCAGGCAAAAAUAAAUUAUAGAUGUUUGUUGAAUGACUGAUGUAAGCUCCGGCUAUUAUGGCCAAAAACUAAAGGUCUGUAUAGUGUCCGCUAUAAAAGGAGUUGACUGUAAAGAGUAAAUUGACUGCUUAUUGGCUAAUGGUUUUGUACACAAAGAAAUCAGAAUAGUCGAGUUGUGAAUUAGAUAAUUAUCUUAGAAGGAAUGAGCAAAGUUUUGGAGAUGUCUAAAACCUCUUUUAGAUUGUGUCACUGGACUAAGAGCAGUUUUUUUGCCCAGGGUGACUGGUUCCAAAAUAAUAGCGAGCUUAAGCAAUGAGAUCACUGAUGUCCCAGACGUCAUGAAUACCAACCAGAAGUUUGAUGUCUCACUUGAUGAAACACUUCUGUCUCACACAAUGAAUCUGAAUGCCUUUGUUUUAACUCCCACUGUACAAAUUUGCUGACUAAGAGCACUGAAAGAGAGAAAAGAUCAACUUCUGGUUGCUAAUUUUUGACCUCUGGGACGUCAACAUUCUCAUUGCUUAAGUUUCCGAUCAUAUUCAACUAAAACUUUGGUUAAGCUUAAACAGACAAAGAGUGAUCUUAGCUGUAUUGUUGAACACCUUCUCACUCAGUAUAAAUAAUUGCAAGACUACGUGAGUGAUUACAUAAAUUCAGUAAUCUUAUUCCUUUUAUUGUAAUGCCUGACAUAGUGGACUUUCUGUAUCCUUCUCUGUUUAGGGGAAGAUGGUUCUUGCUCUAGCAAAAGACCAGUCAGCAAGACUGCUGAAACAUGUCGUAAGAUGUUACCUUCGUCUCUCUGACAAUCCCAGGUGUGUUGAUUAACAUAUCAGCUGAACACUGAGAUUAGCUAAUGACCUAUUCAGCCAUUUGCUUACGAAUUAGUAAUGUUAAAUGUUGAUUAAUUUGAAAAAUGUUGGGAAAAACGUUAUUUCUAGAGAUAUGAGUGGAAUUUUUACUAACAAAAUAGACAGUAUUUUCUGUAAUUUGCACAGUGGUCAGUGUUUCUUGCUUACAUGUACCUGUCAAUUAUUGGUAAUUAUCUAUGCAUUGUUGUGCACGGUAGAUAUAUAAAAAAAUAAGAAUAGAAGACUGAGUUUCCAUGAAAGCUACUUUGAUAGGUAAAUGGUAGCCCUCUUUUUAGUCCUGUAUUUGUAUGUUAUGUUAGAUUUGUAUGAAUGUUAAACUACCUACCUACUGAACCACCCCUGCCAAAAAAAGGUAAUUAAGUAAUGAUGACAAAGGAAUGUUACUCAAGGGUAGGGUGAAAUGUUUUUGAAGUGUGGUGGUGGUGGUGGGGGACAAUCCUCCCCUUCCUUUCUUACUCCUUCAUUCCCUGUCAUUCUUAUAGAAAGUGGUGGUGGUUAGGGAGGAGGGGGAGUGUUUUAGCAGCCCAGUUCCCUUGGCCCCACCCUCCCUGUUAACUUGAUUAAAUGACUUUUAUAAUAAUGAGGAUUGUUAAGUCACUGUAACUAUUGCAUUUUGUUGCAGUUUGUGCUGCUAAAUUGUAUUUUAAACGUGAUGGUAAACUGAAGUUGCUUUUCUUUUGUCUACUAACUAGGGCCCGUGAGGCUCUUCGACAGUGCCUUCCUGACCAACUUAAGGAUGGAACAUUUUCAAACUGUUUGAAGGAUGAUGCUUCCACAAAGAGAUGGCUGAGCCAGUUAAUGAAGAAUUUACAAGAUCCCACCUUAGCUGAUCCUAGGGGAAUACCUCUACCACCUUGACAAUAUUAUUUUUAUAGAAAUUGAGACAGUGUACUUGCAUGAAUGAUACCAUGUACAUACUGAAAAAGUUUCUGUACUUUCCCCCUCUAUUUGAAGAUUCUGAUAUCAUUUGCAGUGCUCAUUCUUCGGUAGUACCAUAAUUUAGUAAAGUCUAGCUUGUACAAAGUAUAUUUUGAAUGUAAAAACGGAAGAG